GGGGUCAGUGGCCUGAUCUCUCUGAAGUGCUCUGUGGAUGAGGGACUCAUGCCCAUCUGCUUUGAGAGGACCAAAGUCAUCAGAGGACUGGGGAGGUUCCAAGAAAAUGUGGACGAUGGGCGAGUGAGUAUCUCUCAAUCUGUCAUCACCAGCACGAGCAAAGAAAUGUCCCGUUUCAGUGACUUUCCAGUGCCUGAAGAUUUUCCAAACUUUCUGCCCAAUUUGAAGCUCCUGGACUAUUUCAGGAUCUUUGCCAAGAAGUUUGAUCUUCUAAAAUACAUUCAGUUCCAGACAACUGUCCUCAGGGUAAGAAAACGCUCAGAUUUCUCAUCCUUUGGUUAGUGGGAGGUCAUCAUCAAGAACUAAGGCAAGGAGCACAGUGCGGUCUAAGCAGUGACAGUGUGCAACGGCCACCACAUCCUCCCACGGAGGAUGUUAACAGGCUUCUCUUUUUUUCCUCCUGAAGGUAUUGAGAGGUUCAAAGGCCAGUACUUUCACAGCUGCCCAUCCAAGCAACCUGAGGGAUUUGAGCGGAAGCACAUCCUGGUGACUGGACUGGGAAACUCAGCCACAGACAUUGCCAUUGAGCUCAGCAAGAAGGCUGCUCAGAUGUUCAUCAGCACCAGGCAAGGUUCCUGGGUCAUGAGCCAUAUGUAUGACAAUGGUUAAUCCUGGGACACGGUCUACCACAAGUUCAGCUCCAUGCUCCAAAAUAUCCUGCCACAUAUUUCAAAAAUGAUGUCAGAACAACGGAUGAAUCAGUGGUUCAACCAUGAAAAUUAUGGCCUUGAGCCUCAAAACAAAUACCUUAUGAAAGAAAGCAUCUGAGUAAAUGAUCACCUACCAAACCAUAUACUUUAGGGAGUCAUCAAGGUGAAAUCAAAAGUGAGAGAGCUCACAGAAACGUCUGCCAUCUUUGAAAAUGGGAUGGUGGAAGAGGACAUUGAUGUCAUUGUCUUUGCAACAGGAUAUGUAAUCUCUUUUUCCUUCCUGGAAGAUUUACUUGUUAAAGUGAAGAAUAGUAUGGUCUCACUAUAUAAGUACAUGUUCCCUCCUCACCUGAAGAAGUCAACCCUUGCCUGCACUAGUCUUGUUGAGCCCCUGGGUUCCAUGUUCCCAACUGCUGAACUUCAAGCUCGUUGGGCAACAAGAGUUUUCAAAGGUAAGCUGUGUACCUUGCCCUCAGAGAAGACUAUGAUGGAAGACAUUACCAAGAGGAACAAAAAAAGAACAGGCCUGUAAGAAUGGUUUGGAGAGAGCCAGACCUAGAUUUUGCAGACCAAGUACAUCGACUACUUGGAUGAGCUCGCCACAGAGAUAGGUGCAAAGCCAGACCUCCUCUCUCUCCUGUUCAGAGAUCCUGAACUGGCUGUCAGACUCUAUUUUGGACCCUGCAACUCCUAUCAGUAUCGCCCUGUGGGGUCUGGGUGAUGGAAAGGAGCCAGGAGUGCCAUCCUCUCCUAGGAACGAAGGGUAUUGAAGCCUUUAAAGACAUGUGCUCUGGAGCCGACAUCUCAUUUCCCAGUUUCCUUCCUGUUGCUAAUCCUGGGGCUUCUAGCUGUGGUUUCGGCUAUUUUAUUCUAACGUCAAUGGUACUAA